AUGAUCGCUACCUUUUUCUUGUUUUAUUGUUCUUGUUUUUUACCUACUUUUCGUUUUCCGCCUAUUUUUUUCUUUUCUUCUUUCAUCUUAAUUUUUCUUUCAGUAAAUUCAUUUUAUUUUUUAUUCUUUUUUUCCUCAUCAUCCUCUUCUUCUAUUAGUCUGUUUUCUUCUUAUUCCAUUAUCUCUUUUUCUUCUUCGACUUCGUCUUCUUCUGUCUCUACUAAUUUACUUUCUAAAUUUCAAGUUUUAUUGCCAAGUUUCCUUCUUUUACUUUUUGCUAAUAUCAAUCUAUCUAUCAUUCUCAAACUUAUUAAAGAGAAUCCUUUCCUCUGUGUGCAUUUUAACGUUUCUUUGGCUAUAUAUUGUUUCUUCAAUAACUUUCUCUUUUUUUUAAUUCAUCCAUCAUUUUCUCUUUCUGUUUCUUCUGUAUAUAAUUUUGUUUUCCUUCCGGAAUCGUCGUCUUCGUCUUAUUCAACGUCUUUAUCAUUAUCAGCAUCAUCUCUCUCUUUCUCUCUCUCCAUCUCUUUCUCUCUCUCUCUCUCUCUUCAUUCUCUCUCUUUUUCUCUUUCUUCUCUAAUUAAUAUCUUUCCCACAGAUAUUCCUUUUAAUAUUUUUCUGUCUAUACCACCAUUUUUAUUCUCAAUAUUUCUAUUCUCUGUUAUCUUUCGCAAAAUAAUCUGUUAUCUUCUCUACUCUCUGCUCUGCUAA